CUUUCUGUUUCUGUUUUAUUAUUGUUAUUGACACGAAAAGACAGAGAAACAAAUAGAGGCAGAGAGCAGAAGAAAGACGAAACAGAGGAUUUUCAUAGAGAAUCCUCUUUCUUCCUCCUUUCUUCGCCUUCUUCUGUUCUUCUUCUUCUCCUGGGUCUUGAAGAUACAUGAAACAACAUCUCAUUGUUAUGAAUGUUGAUGCAUUCUUUUAUGUAAACUUAACUUUUUACAGGUGACCUCUCUGAAAGAUUGUAAGGUUCCUUACAAAAAUUUGAUUUCGUUUGGUGAAUGAAAUAGUUAGAAAUUCUCCAAAACAAAAUAUGGGUGGCUGUGUUUCUUCUCAGAGAAAACUCAGUAACAAGCUUCAACAGAAGAAGCAGAAACGCGGCAGAUCUGGCAAAUGUCGGUCCAAAAUAUCGGCUUCUAUGCCCGAUGUUCCUAUGAAACGCAUGAGUAAUGCGAGUGUUAGGGAUUUUGCGGUGAGCGAAUAUGUUCAUCUUGAUUUCGACAAUUGUGCAGCCAAGAUGAUGUGUAAGAGAGCUGAGAUGUCUAAUGCUAACUUCCAUUUAACUCAGCUUCAAUGGAACUGCAGCCAAAUCGAUGGAAACCGAAUUUCACAUGAGGAGGCUUGGUAUGAUUCCUUUAGCUACAUCGAUUCUGAUUCUGAUGAUGGUUCAAAUAGUAGUGUCUUCGAAGAUGCAAAUGCUUCUGCAAUGGGACAAGUGAUUCAGUAUGAAGAAUUCUACGAAAGUUACCUGAAAAUAGAUGGAAACAAAGGUGAGACUUACUCGAGCAAGAAUGAGGUUAGUAUAAAGAGAAACCAAGUGGCUGAUGAAUCUCACCAUGAAACCUUCAAGACUACUACUUGUGAAGAUCAUCAAGAUCACAGAAAGAAAUCAUCAAAAGUUGUUAUGGUUUCUGUGAGAAGAACAUCUAUUGAUAGCAAAUCAACACCAUCUGAAUUCUCUUCAGCUGAGAAGCUCUUGUACCGUCCAAAAGCCGGUUCUAUGAUUCAACGUUCUUUAGGAGAGAAGAUGACCAGUCAAGGAAGUUGGUCAGAAGUUUCUCCGUCGAGUUUCAAGCUCCGUGGAUUGAAUUUCUUCAGAGACAAGCAAAAGUGUCCUGCACCAAAUUGUAGUCCUUACAUACCAAUUGGAGUCGACCUUUUUGCAUGUCCUAAAAAGAUCAACCACAUUGCUCAACACAUUGAGCUUCCUAAUUUGAAACCGGCAUCAUCACAAGUCUGCGAUAUCCCCAAUCUUUUGAUAGUGAACAUCCAGCUUCCAAUGUAUCCAACCUCUAUGUUUGGUGACUAUGAUGGUGAAGGACUUAGCUUAGUAUUGUACUUCAAACGCAAUGAGAACUAUCACAAAGAAAUCUCAUCUCACUUUAAAGAAACCAUCAAGAGAUUCAUGGAAGAUGAAAUGGAGAAAGUAAAAGGAUUCACAAGAGAAUCAACAGUUCCAUUCAGAGAGAGGUUAAAGAUCAUGGCAGGUUUGGUAAAUCCUGAGGAUUUCCAGCUAAGUUCUACUGAGAGAAAACUUAUCACAGCUUACAACGAUAGACCGGUUCUUUCUCGUCCGCAACACGAUUUCUUUCAGGGACCAAACUACUUUGAGAUAGAUUUGGAUAUACACAGAUUCAGUUACAUUUCGAGGAAAGGACUCGAAUCUUUCAGGGAUCGUAUCAAGAACGGGAUUCUUGAUUUGGGAUUAACAAUUCAGGCUCAAUCACCAGAGGAACUUCCAGAGCAAGUACUGUGUUGUGUCAGGCUGAACAAGAUUGAUUUCGUGAAUCACGGACAAAUUCCAACGCUUUUAACUAACAAACAAUGAAGUGAUCACUACAUAAUAACACAGAGAGAGAGACAAAGAUCAAUCAAUCAAUCAAUGGGGAGAGCAAAAAAAGACAAAAAGCAAAAACAGAGAACGUUUUCACAUAUUUGUAUUGUUGAGAGACAAAAGAAGAAGAUAAAAUUCAAUUGUCUUUUUUGGAAACAAGAUUUGCUCGGGAAUUUAUUAAUCUCAUGAAAAAGAUUCAUUUGUACAAAUGUCAUAAUUUCUUCACUCCAUUAUUCAAAACCCAUAACAAAACAACAAUUGCUCUGUAUAUUUCAUUAACCAAUGACUGACUACGAAAGAUGAACAAAUAGCAAGAAAAUUUGGGUCAUAGGCCAUUAUGUAUUAUAAUAGUGUAAUAAUAAACAAAAGAAAAAAGUUUGAUAUU